AAGCCAUGUGCUGACUGCCCACUCAAGUGGAAAGGUUGAUUCAUGGCGGACACAGAGAUGGCCGAUGUGGUCAAGGCCAGGCCGGCCCCGACCUUUUGGGACCGCUUCGCCUGCUGCAUGACCAGGGAGGAUGAGAAUGAUGCCGAAGGCGUGGCCAGCGCUCUUCCGGCCGCGGAUUCCGAGAAGUUGCAGGAAGAGUUGGUGGAGCGACCAGAGACGGAGGUUGAGGCUGGCGCACUGUACAAGGGCCAGUGGCGGGGCUCGCAGUGCCACGGCAAGGGUCUGCUCACGCGGCCGGAUGGGUCCUCCUAUGAGGGCAUGUUCCAGUGCGGCCGAGCACACGGCUUUGGCAGGUUCAAGGCCGCAAAUGGCAACAUCUACGAGGGUGAUUGGCACCAGGACCGCGCCCAGGGUCACGGCACCUACACACAUGAAGAUGGCAGCACCUAUGUGGGGCAGUGGCUGCAGGACGAGAAGUCCGGCAAGGGCAUGGAGAAGUGGGCGGAUGGCUCCAAGUACGAGGGCGACUUUCUGCAGGGCAGCAAGCACGGAUUCGGCACGUACACAGCAGCCAACGGAAAGGUGGUGUACGAGGGCCAAUUCAACGGCGACCGCAUGGACGGCGAGGGCACCUACCACUUCUCCGAUGGGCGCAGCUACACAGGCUCCUGGCAGAAGGGGCACAUGUCCGGCAUGGGUUCCAUGACGUGGCCUGAUGGCUCCAGGUACGAGGGCGAGUACAAGAACGACUUUCGCCAUGGGCAGGGCACCCUCACCUGGCCGGAUGGUCGCAAGUACAAGGGGCAGUGGGCCAAUGGCAAACAGGAUGGCGAAGGCGUCAUGGUGGACAGCCUCGGAAAUGCGACCAAGAGCCGUUGGCGCAACGGUUCGCCGGUGGAGGAGUGAUCCUCGGUGUCUGUGCAGAGGUCUGAAUGUGGUUCCCAGGGGGCCUCCAGGAAUGGUCUCUUGGAA